AUGUUCUCGGUUCGUGCUCUGCUGAUUGCUGCCACCGCUGCGCUCGUCGGCUCUGCUGCCGACAACGAGGCCGCGGAAGCUGCCAAGCUGCCUGUCUUCUUCCACGGUGCUACGGGCAACACCACCAACGGUGCCGUGAUUGAGGCCAACCUGACUGCUGAAAGCCGCACGUACGUGGCCCUCGACUUCUGCAUGAACGAGUGCUCCGUGAAAACGGCCCUGUCGGAGCAGGUGCAGAUGGCCAUCAAGCAGAUCCAGGGCAUUGUCGCCAAGGACACGGCCGCCUACGCGAAUGGCUACCACUUCCUGGCCCACUCGCAGGGCGGCUCGGUGGCUCGCGGUGUCAUCGAAGAGAUGGACGACCACAACGCUUCGGAUGCUGUUCCGCUGCAGGUGCUGCUCAAGGCUCUGGGCCCCUACGCUGUCGACAAGGCUGACUUCGACUUUGCCAAGUAUGAGACGGACUCGACCUCGUGGAAGGGCAAGUUCCAGCGUGACCAGGUUGAGUCGGUGACCACGGACGAGGACCUGCAGGGCAGGAGCUCCAUCACCAACAUCAUCAUGCCUCCCCUUGAGAAGGCCGCUCUGGCCAACUGGUUGACGUUCCUACCCAAGGUCAACAACCUCCAGGACUGUGGCACUGAUGCCGCGUGCGCGGCCGACCAGAAGCGCCGCAAGGCCAACUUCUCCAAGCUCAAGGCCGCGCACUUCUUCGCGUCGCCGCAGGACGACGUCCAGGCCCCGUGGCAGACCUGCAUCCUGGGCAAGUACUCGACUGUGGCCACCCUGGACGAGAUCGAGACCAAGUUCGCCGACUUCACUAUUGUCCCCAUGAAGGAGACCGUCGAGUACACGGACGACCUGUACGGCCUCAAGACGCUGGACACGGCCGGCGCUCUCCACAUCCACGAGGUGCCCGACGUGCCGCACAACUGCUGGCUGUUCGACUACACGUCGCUGGCCACCAAGGUGCUCUGCAAGCACAAACCUGUGUACGACGCCGAGAUCUACCCCCUGCUGGUGUAA